AUGAGCGAGCAUGAUCGUUUCGAAGCGCUCAUGGCGAUGCUCACGUCACUCAAAAAGGACCUAGGCAGCAUGGCUGCCAAGGUCAGUUACCUCGAGAAAGAGCUCGACGAGUGUAAAAAGGACAAUGCGGUACUGCAGCUCCGGAUCGAUACAUUGGUAGCUGCGCAGAGAACAGCACCUGUACGCCAGGAACGAGAAAAUCCUGCUCAGCAAGGACCCGAGUGUCAGCAGCGACCCGAGCGGACGGCAAUGGUGGCACCGCACACCUUUGCAGAACUCAUCAAGGAACCAGGAGAAGGCGAGGGCUGGAACACGGUCGGAAAGCAGGGUCGUGUCGUCCGAGCCAGCCGAGCAGCAGCCACGCAACCGCGAGAAGUCACGGCCCCCGCGAGGCGACUUCUCCCAACCGGUCGGACAGACGUCUUGAAGAUACAGUUGCCGGAGGGGCAGGCCUUCCUCGACGUCUGCCGCAAGCUGCAAGAAGAAUCGGCGAUGGGUGUGAAGAUGAUGGCACCACGGCAAAGCAGGCAAGGGGACGUGCUGCUAAAGAUGCCACGCUUAGCGGACAGCGAGCAGGUGGCUGGAGCAGUACGGCAAUGCCUGGGAAAGGACACCAAGACCACUGUAGUGCAGCAACUACUGGAGGUAGCAGUACACAACAUCGACCCAGUGGCAGAGGCUGACGAUGUUAAGGCGGCAAUCGUGAAUGCACUAGGCCCAUCUGGAAGAGCAAAUCUGGUGACAGUGGCCAUGAGGCGCAUGCAGGAUCAGCAGCAGCGGGCUAGGAUAAUCAGUGUGCUGUUCCCCCACCACGAUCCCAUGGAGUGGCCUGCUAGAACCCUCAGCCACAAUGCGCAAUCUCUCCGAGAAGUGACUGACAGCGAGCUUCUGGACAUUGCGGCCCGGCUGGCCACCAAGAAAGCUCCAGGACCCGACGGGAUACCGAACGUGGCCGUAGCAACAUCUAUGGCGAAGUAUCCGGCAGUCUACCGCCAACUGUUCCAGGAACUGCUGAACAACUGCGAGUUCCCGACAGAAUGGAAGGUGCAGCGCUUGGUUCUCCUUCCCAAGCCGGGUAAGCAACCCGGAAGUGCGUCCUCCUACCGGCCGCUCUGCCUGCUGAAUACCGUCGGCAAGGUAUUCGAGCGAGUCUUGCUGAGUCGACUCAAUGACUACGUUGAGCACGCAACGGACGGCGCGCGACUCUCGACCAGGCAAUUUGGCUUCCGGAAGGGGAGAUCGACGAUCAGUGCGAUAGAGGCAGUCCUGGAUCAUGCUAAGCACGCUCUAUCUUUCGGCGUAAGCAAUGGGCGAAACAAGCGAUGUUGUGCUGUCGUUGCACUUGACGUUCGCAACGCCUUUAACUCCGCGAGCUGGACGCGGAUCGGCCAAGCCCUCAACCGUAUGGCCGUUCCAGAGCCCCUGCUGCGAAUAAUCGGCCAGUACUUCCGGGGCAGAAUACUGCAGUACCAGACAUCUCAGGGGAUUCUGUCGAGAGCGGUCACAGCUGGAGUUCCACAAGGGUCGAUUCUCGGGCCAACCCUGUGGAACAUCUUGUACGACAGUGUGCUGGCCGUCCAGCUUCCACCGGACUGCAGCAUCUACGCAUACGCAGACGACGUCAUAAUCACGGCUCUCGCAACAACACCAGCACUGGCGAUUGAGCUAGCAACAGAGGCAGUCGAUGCGGUGCGGGGAUGGAUGAUUGCUCACGACUUGAAGCUGACUACAGAGAAGACGGAGACCCUAGUCUUCACGUCGAUGAGGAAAGACAGGGUCACGGCUUACGAGAUGGAUGGACAGGCACUCAGCGUAUCGAGAAGCAUCCGAUACUUGGGCGUGAUGCUGCAAGAGCGCCUCCAGUGGGGGCCACACGUUCAGUUCAUAGCGGAGAAGGCAAUGAAGCAGGUCCAGGCUCUCCGGUUUGCCAUGCGGAACCACGGCGGACCGUCGAGCCAGUCCCGGAAGAUCAUAGCCAGCGUCAUCGACUCGACACUGUGCUACGUUGCCCCCAUAUGGGCAGAGCAAGCGACGAAUCUGCAAUGUAACCGGCGCAUCCUGCAACGAGUGCAACGCGAAAUGGCGAAAGGCGUCGCCAGCACCUUCCGCACCGCUAGUUACUGGUCGGCGGUACUCCUGGCUAGGCUUGUCCCAAUAUGCCUACGACUGAACGAAGAUGCCCGCUGCUACAGGGCCACACGCGAACACCAGGCCUGCGCUCUGACAAUCAGGAAGCGCGAGCGCGCCGCAACGUUCCAGGCCUGGCAACAGGAAUGGGACAAGGAGAAGGACGACAGGACGGCGAGCCUUCACAGUCGGUGGAUUCGUCGCGUUAUCCCGGAUGUGGAGCGGUGGUUCAGCAGGAACCAUGGACAAGUAAACUUUCACCUGUCGCAGAUUCUUUCCGGCCACGGCUUCUUCCGUGAAUAUCUGCACGGCAGAGGGUUUACUCGGUCCCCAGACUGCACCAACUGUCACGGAGUGCCAGAGACCCCGGAACAUGUGUUGUUCGAAUGUCCUCGGUUCAGCGCUGUUCGGGAUCAAUGCCUGACGGAGGGAGGCACGAUUCUGACGCCGGAAGCGCUUUUGGAGCACAUGCUCCAGGGGACACACGAAUGGGACAACGUGAGUCGAGCCGCCCGGGACAUCACCUCUCAACUGCAACGUGAAUGGGCCGAGGAGCAGGCCAGAGUAGCACGACUUGAGGCAGCGGCAGCUCCCGCCCUAGCGGCCGCAAUCAUCGAAACGCGCCGUUUACGGUACAACGCGGCACAGCGUCGACGACGAGCAGAGAGACGUCAGCUCUCAUCUUCAUCGGAGGCAGGGCAGCGCGUCGCCCUGCAACGGCAGCAGCGCAACGCACGAGCACGGGAUCGGAGAGCAGCCAGGACGAUAGAGGCUGAUCCGACGAAACGGCAAGUGGUGGAGGCACGACUCCGCCUACGACGAGCACAGGACGAGCUCCGCGCAGCCCUGACAUCGGGGAACUUGGAGGAGGUCGAGCGCUGUCGACGAGCUGUCGACGAAGAAGCAGCGAUCCUCGCAGUGGAGAGGCGAUUUCGGCGUCGGCUCCUGCAACAACAGCCAAGGGAAGCGAUAGGACGCCCGGUUCCUGUCGCUAACGCGGCGUAA